AUGUCAAAAUCGCUGAUUCGUAGGGCCAAAAAUGUUGUCAACGGCUACUCCAGCACGCAAGUAUUGUUGCGAGAGGCUACCUCCAACGAUUCAGAGGGGCCAUCCGUGGAGCUCCUGGAUGAAAUUGCAGAUCGGUCGUGGGACAGUGUGAGUUUUUUCGAGACUAUGGAUAUGUUAGAUAAACGUCUAAAUGACAAGGGCAAGAACUGGCGCCAUGUGGCCAAGUCCCUCACGGUCCUCGACUAUCUGGUUCGCUGUGGCUCAGACCACUGUGUUCCUUGGGCCAAAGAGAAUCUGUACAUCAUCAAGACCUUGCGCGAAUUUAUACAUGAAGACGAGCUGGGCAUCGAUCAAGGUCAAAUUGUGCGUGUGAAAGCUCGUGAACUGACAGCGCUGUUGCUGGACGACGAGCGUUUGAGAGAGGAAAGAGAGCUGAGAUUAAGAAAUCAUGGGCCAAGACGGCGUAGAGCGCGCGACGGCCCGGACGACGACAUGCAGCGCGCCUUGGAAGAAAGCAGGCUAACUGCAGAACAAGAAGAAGAGGAGCGUCGCAGAAGAUUCGACACCUAUGAUAACAGCAAUGACGAUCUACAAACUGCAUUGCAACUCAGCAAAGAGGAAGAAGAGCUGAGACGUCUGCGGGGUCUGCAGCAGCAGCAGCAAAUGCAACAGGCUCAGAACCAAAUGUAUGGAUAUCAACAGCAACCAGCUCAGCAGCAAGCUAUGUACUACGAUGUUUUUGGAAACCCUAUUACUGCAGAGGAGUAUCUGCAGUAUCAACAGCAAAUGAGCGAGCAGCAGCUGGCACAACAACAAUAUCAACAACAAGCUGCGGAGCAACAAUAUUUGGCGCAACAACAGUACUUGGCUCAGCAACAGCAGCAGGCAAUGGCUCAACAACAGUACAUGCAAUCUUAUGCACAACAGCAGCAACAGCCACUCGAAACAGGCUCUAAUAACCCUUUUGCGAGGAAUGCACAAACUGGGUCCAUGAACGAGGUACAAAAAUCUGCAGCACCUCCUCCAAAAUUAGUUCAGCCGCAACAGACACAGCAAUAUCAAUAUCAACCACAACAACAAUCGCAGCAACAACAACAACAAUCGCAGCAACAGCCAUUAAAGCAAACCAGAACUGGCAAUCAAUCUGUUUCCGACAAAUACGGCGAUUUGAAUAACCUAUUGGCAUCAGGUACGGGCCUUGAUACUUUCGGUAAUACUGGCCAGACCCGCAUACCAGCGCAGCACACCAAAACAGGGACUUUUAUCAACUCCCAAGGUACAGGCUACAAGCAAGUUACUAGCAAUGGACAGCAGGGAAAGCAUAAUCCCUUUUUAUCUCAGCAAUAUACAGGGCUUCCAAGUACUACGGUGAUGCCUUCAUAUACAGGUUACGGCUUCGGUAAUGGUAGUCAAACCGCUCAGCAGCAACAGCAUGGUCAGCACUAUCCUAACGGAUCUGCAGAUCAGGGCGUCAAUUUGAUUGAUUUAUAG